CUCGACAGUCUUGUGUGAUGUGUCAUCAGAUUCCCCUUCAGAGCUCCACCACUGAAUCGCGACGUCGAGUGUCCGAUUAAAAUAUAAUAUUCAGUAGAGAUCCGCGAGAGUAUCCAUCAUCAUCGCGUACGUGCGAUCGGGACCAGCAUUUUCUCCAGCAUUAUCUUGAUCCUCUUUUCACCCCCGCCAGGUUUUCUAUCGAGAAAAGCACUUUCUUUUGCGCGAUUGAUUAAUCCUCCGUCCGUUCGAUUGUUCGGUUCCGUUGAUAAGGUGUACUGAUCGGGAGUGGAUAGUGUGGGAAUUCGUGAAUUACUUGGGGAUAGAAAUCCGCCCCCUAGUUGAGAUUGCGGGUGUGACUAAUUUUCCUUUCGGUCUGUGUGAAAUUAUCUAGAGCGCGGAGAAGACGGGAAAUUGGAGCAAGAGAGUGUUGGGUGUCGUGCGUGAAGUAACCGAUAGUAGGAAAAGAGUGAAAUCAUGUUCAGUUGGUUGAAACGGGAAACCAAGACCGAAGAGGUGGUCGAGAAUGUGCUGGGGGAGCUGAAGAAGAUCUACAAGAGCAAACUGCUUCCGCUGGAGGAGCAUUACAGCUUCCAUGACUUCCACUCGCCGAAGCUGGAGGAUCCGGAUUUCGACGCGAAGCCGAUGAUCUUGCUGGUGGGCCAGUAUUCGACCGGUAAGACAACCUUCAUUCGGUAUCUGUUAGAGCGCGAUUUUCCGGGCAUUCGGAUUGGACCGGAACCGACGACAGAUCGCUUCAUUGCCGUCAUGUACGACGACAAGGAGGGCAUGAUUCCCGGUAAUGCCCUGGUCGUUGAUCCGAAGAAGCAGUUCAGACCUCUGGGGAAGUACGGAAAUGCCUUCCUGAAUAGGUUCCAGUGUUCGACAGUGCCUUCGCCAGUUCUGCGAGCCAUCUCGAUUGUGGACACCCCCGGUAUUCUGUCCGGAGAGAAACAAAGAGUGGACCGUGGUUACGAUUUCACCGGGGUCUUGGAGUGGUUCGCCGAGCGAGUGGAUCGCAUUAUUCUGCUGUUCGACGCACACAAGCUGGACAUUUCGGAUGAAUUCCGCCGGUCGAUUGAGGCCCUGCGUGGUCACGAUGACAAGAUCCGGAUAGUGCUCAACAAGGCGGACAUGAUCGACCACCAGCAGUUGAUGCGAGUUUAUGGUGCUCUCAUGUGGUCGUUGGGUAAGGUUCUGCAAACCCCCGAAGUGGCUCGUGUCUACAUCGGUUCCUUCUGGGAUCAACCUCUUCGCUACGAUGUGAAUCGUCGCCUCUUCGAAGACGAAGAGCAGGAUCUGUUCAGGGAUUUGCAAUCGCUCCCACGAAACGCCGCCCUCCGGAAGCUCAAUGACCUCAUCAAGCGGGCUCGUUUGGCCAAGGUGCAUGCCUUCAUCAUCGCAGAACUCCGAAAAGAUAUGCCUUCGGUGUUUGGCAAGGACAGCAAGAAAAAAGACCUCAUCAAAAACCUCGGCCAGGUAUACGACCGGAUCCAGAAGGAACACCAGAUUUCGCCCGGGGAUUUCCCCGACAUCAAAAAGAUGCAGGAAGUGCUCGCCAAUCAGGACUUCAGCAAAUUCCACUCGCUGAAGAUUCCGCUACUCGAAGUGGUGGACCGCAUGUUGGCGACGGACAUUGCCCGGCUUAUGAACAUGAUCCCGCAGGAGGAGAUGACCAUGGUGUCCGAGCCGCUGAUUAAGGAUGGAUUUCUAACAUUGACACCACGUGGAGCUUUCGACGGAGUGGAAGACGUGGUAUCACCAUUCGGCUACCGUAAAGGAGAAGGCAUCGAUGCCGGCUGCGGUGAGGUGGACUGGAUUUGCAAUCGGGACCGGGAACGUACCGAUCCAAUCUUCGAAUCGCUGAAACCGAUCGAUGGCAAGAUCUCUGGUGCUGCGGCUAAAUCCGAACUGAUCAAGUCGAAACUGCCCAACAACGUGCUGAGUAAGAUCUGGAAACUGUCCGACUACGACCAGGACGGUUUCCUCGACAUCGAAGAGUUCGCCCUGGCGAUGCAUUUAAUCAACGUGAAAAUGGACGGAAACGAACUACCGACGUCCCUGCCAUCCCAUCUGGUGCCGCCCUCGAAGCGAAACGGCGUUGCAGAAUAAGGGAACGCAAUUCUCCGUAUCCUAACAAAAGUUAUGAUUUUUACUUUCUCCUCGCGGUAUAUAUUAUUGUAUCUUGAGAAGUGUAUUUUUUCCUCUUUGGUUUUCGUUAUUUAUCUAGAAUGCUUCGUUUUUCAAUCAGCCAAAUUAGAAGCCACCACCCACGAAACCCAUUGUGUGCAUAUACAUAUAGUAUAUUUUUGCCAAUCUUGUAUUUGAUAGCUAGUAUGAAAGAGCGAACAUCUUCGUAGCAAUUUUUCGUGGCAAACGCAGACUUUGGUUUCACAUUUGUUUAAUUUUCUUUUCCACCUUCAUCUAUCUUCAAACCGAUAAAAAUGGCACAAUAUCAUAAAGCAAACAUACGACGACGUAAAGUAAAGCUGAACCUAGACGUGCGAAUAAUAUAACCUUUCCAGUUUUGAUUUCCGAGCAAUUUUCUUUUUUUUUUCGAGCAAUAAGUCACCGCCAAGCCAACCAGGUGCGGGAAAUUUUCGGAAUCCAUACCCAAGAAAUCUUGUAGCUGAAGCAUCAACGCGAUCCCAUGUUAGCCGUUAAAGCUGAAUUUAUAGUGUACACGUGAACAUUUUUUUAGCUUCAGAUCAACUUCCAUGGUCAAAAUAUGGCUUCACCCUCAAGAUUUCUUGGGCAUCGCUUCAUGAUCUAUAGCUUAAUUUAUUUAUAAACGAAGAAAAUAGAGAGAAACAGUGAUAGGCAGAGCAACAAUACAGAAAAUGCAUGAACGGCAUCGAGGUGGAUCGAUGUUUCUUCAUUUAUAUCAUUAUAUUUUUUUGUUUUCUGUUUUAUUUGUAAGAGUUUUAUUCCUAGCAUCGGAGUCGAUCCACUACUGUCCGCGGCGAGCUGGUUUCAGAUAAUAACUGGCAUAAUGUGCAACACCAGUUUUCUCCUGAUAUGGCAAAAGGAAACAUAUUGUGAGCUAUAUUUUUAUAGGUAGUCGAAUAAAGAACGAGUAAGUUGCAAUAAUUGUAGAAACA